GUGUAAGGUACUCUGAUCAGAUAAUUGCCCUUAUUAAUUAGUGUCAAACUUUGCAAGAGUUGUAAACACUCAUGAUAAUUUUGUAACCUAAUUAGUAAGUACAUCAAAGGUCCGGUCAAUUUCGUAACUAAUAAACUGGAAAAUUUACAAGACGUUCAAUACCUGUAACAAAUAUCUAAGUCAUCGGUAUUCUAAUUAUUUUACCAUAACAAUAGACACUUGCUUGUCAAGUUUUACAACUUUUUAACUGCAACAAUUUCAGUAUCCGCCAAAAUAUUUAAUUGGGAUUUGAGAAUCCACCAAAAUAAAAACCGCCAAUAUUUUUCGUAUACUUUGUUGCCCCUAAAUCGCGAUAUUUUACACCCGCGAAAAUAACCCGCUAUACGGUAUAAAGUAGAUCCUGAUUCUACCCUGUAAAUUACAUAAACACUGUCUUAUAUAGUUGUUCCUGAUUCUACCCCGUAAAUUACUUUGUAGUUAGAACACUGUCUUAUAUACAUAGUAGAGAAAAAAAUUAUCUUGUAUGUUUUGCCUCCUCACACCAGCCAUGUUCUUCAGCCCAUGGAUGUUGGUUGUUUUGGGCCUUUCACAAGAAUCUACAGUUCAGAAUGUCAUAAAUUCCAACGUACCCAUUCAGCAGUAAUUAACAAAUACAACUUAUGCUCUAUUGUGGCUUGCCUGCAAAUCCUACAAUUCUGCUCUUUCUCCUUCAAAUUUGCAGUCUGCUUUCCGUAAAUCUGGUAUUUACCCGUUAGAUAGAGAUGCUAUAGACCAGUCCUUGUUUUCUAUUUCUGAUGCUAUUCAUAAACAGAGCCAAUCAGAGGAAAAUACCAAAGUUGAUGAUAUCCCUGCCAUUGAAAAUGAAACAACUGAACCAGUUAAUUUAAUGUCCUAUUCAGAGAUCAAUGCCAACACAGAACCUAUAUUAUCAAACCAGGAAAAUGAAAACAUUCAGAUUUAUGUAGCUGAAAAAAUUACUGACGAAAAACCAGAUGAAAAUACAACUCUCUUCACUGCAAAAUCAACAAAUUUGUCCAAGAAAAAUCCACCAAAACAGGAAAGACGUUCAAUCUACAAGAUAGUAGCAGGAAAGGCAAUUACAGAACCAGAGACACUUCAAGAAAUAAAGGAGUACAUUGUACAGUCAAAGUCAAGGACCAAGUCUAAAACAAACAAUAAACAAAAACAACAACUAAGCGUAAACAAAAUGGUUCAUCAUCUUCUUCCAGUUCAACAACCACAAACAAGAAAUUAAAGCAGAACCAACAAGAUUCACAACAGCCAGGUCCAUCAGGACUACAUAACAUAGUUGUUUCUGACGGUUCAAUUACAGAUGAAGACGAUCAAGAUGAUGAUAACACAUUGUGUUGUGUUUGCAACAUGUGGCAGCCAAUUGUAUUGACACAAUGGGCCAAAUGUGAAUUUCUACAAUGUGAUCAUUGGACUCAUCUUAAAUUUUGCUGUAAUGUCUCCAUCCUACGCAGGUCAGAUAAAUUUUACUGCCCAUGUCAUGGCUUACCCUGCAAACAGAAAGAAACUGAAGAAUAAUGAUAAUGAUAUACAUUUGUUAAUUGUUUGACUGUUUCCAGUUAUUUAUAUUUAAAGACAUUUACUGUUGCCAGUUCUUUAUUAACAGUUGGAACACUUUUUAGUUGUGAACAUUUGCUUGAUUUUAUAAAUAUGAACUUUAUCUUCUGUGGAAAGAAAUUAAUCAUGAUUCCAAAGGAAAUAAAUUGACUGAACUGUAUCUUUAAGCACAUUUUUUUUGAUUAAUGGCACCUUGCUGUAACCGAGAUUAUUUCUGUCGUAUUUGUCAUGAUGAGAACGAGAACCAUGUGUUAGACAGACAUUCAGUAAAGAAAGUGGUUUGUGCAAAAUGUGAAGAAGUACAAGAGAAACUUGAGAAGUGUACUAAAUGUGAUAUAGUGUUUGGUAAAUAUUUCUGUUCAUUUUGCUCCCUUUAUGAUGAUGAAGAUAAGAAACAGUUUCACUGUAAAGGUUGUGGCCUUUGUAGAGUUGGUGGCAGGGAGAAUUUUUUUCACUGUGAGACAUGUGACAUGUGCCUGGCAUUAGACUUGAAAGAUCAGCACAAGUGUAUAGAAAAGUCUUCACGUUCUAAUUGUGCAGUAUGUUUAGAAGAUCUUCACACAUCUAGAAUAGAGGCUCAUAUACCUCAGUGUGGACAUCUUAUACACAGAACCUGCUUCAGAGAGAUGAUAAAAACAGGUAAUUACGCUUGUCCAAUAUGUGGUGAAUCAAUGUUGAACAUGAAAGAAGUAUGGGAGAAUUUAGAUGAAGAAGUUGCUAACUGUCAGAUGCCAGAAGAGUAUAAAGAUUAUCAUAUACAGAUUUUAUGUAGAGAUUGUCAUAAGGAAAGUAAUGUAGUUUUCCAUGUGUUGGGAUCAAAAUGUACUGGGUGUGGCUCGUACAACACAUGUAGAACAGCAGGACCCAAAACCAGUAACCCAAAUGUAGAAUCUGGUGCUAGCAAUACCAGUCAACCAAACCAGGCAUCUAACAAUGUGUCAGAACCUGUUGCAGCUAACCAGCCAUGGCUAGAGAUGUCAGAACCUGUCGCAGCUAACCAGCCAUGGCUAGAGAUGUUAGAAUCCGAAGAUACAGCUGAUCAAAGUGUACAAACUUCAGAUGAAAGAAAAGAGUCAAACACUACAAAUGACCAGAGGUCAACUUAACUGACAUAUAAGCAAUUGAAUCUUUCUGUUUAAGGUUUUCAUUUCUGGUACUGUAAGUUAUGAAGAGGUGUUUUCUGAUUAGAUUUAUUACCUAGUAAUGGAAUACUGAUGAUGAUUUGUGAUGUGAUAUGUGAUAUAGUUAUAUAGUAAGUUUUCAGCCCUCAUUGUAUGGAACAAACAGCAUGAAAAUACAGAUUUGCUGUCCCAAGAAUAAAUAAUGAAGAUUUUUGUUGAUAUUCCUUUUACUUGUGGACAUUCUAUGUGUUUAUGUUUUAUAUUUUUAAGUGUCCUUUUUCAUGAGAAAAAGAAACACAGAACAACAAUAAAAUACUGGUAUAGCUCUUACACUUUUCUUUUGUACAAUCAUUUAACUCAAGUUUCACUCGAAUAUUUAUUGGUUAGAGUUUGUGCAGUUUUAACAUCAGUGAGUGGGGUAUAUCAUUGACAUUUAUUAGAAUUUAAUUGUUAAGUACAAGACAUUUCAACAUUUGAGUCAUAGCAGUCUACAUUUGAAACUUGAGUGACCUUUGGUAGCUUUUGUGUUUACCUAAACAGACAUUUAGUCUAGUAUAUAAAUUGUACUUUAUCUGUGUUCAGCAUUUAGUGUAUUUUAUCCGUGUUCAGCAUUUAGGGUAUCUCAUUUGUGUUAGUUUGUGUAUUAUUGAAUUUUAAGCUAAUUGCCAAAAUGUAAUUUGCAAAAUCUUUCACCAUGAUGAAAAAAUAUAAUUGUAAAAACAUGUCAAAAUCCUA